CCCCGCUGGUUUGUGCCUCCGAGGAAGGGGCGGUUGGUGUGGCCUCCAUUGUUCGGGACUUGGGGCGCCAUGAGGGGUGACAGAGGACGUGGUCGGGGCGGGCGCUUUGGCUCCCGAGGCGGCCCAGGAGGAGGGUUCCGGCCCUUUGUGCCUCAUAUCCCAUUUGAUUUCUAUUUGUGUGAAAUGGCCUUUCCCCGAGUCAAGCCAGCACCUGACGAAACAUCCUUCAGUGAGGCCUUGCUGAAGAGGAAUCAAGACCUUGCUCCCAAUUCUGCUGAACAGGCUUCUAUCCUCUCUCUGGUGACAAAAAUAAACAAUGUGAUUGACAAUUUGAUUGUGGCCCCGGGAACAUUUGAAGUGCAAAUUGAAGAGGUACGACAAGUGGGGUCCUAUAAGAAGGGGACUAUGACGACGGGACACAAUGUGGCUGACUUGGUGGUCAUCCUGAAGAUUCUGCCAACAUUGGAAGCUGUUGCGGCCCUUGGGAACAAAGUUGUGGAAAGCCUAAGAGCACAGGAUCCUUCUGAAGUUUUGACCAUGCUGACCAGUGAAACUGGCUUUGAAAUCAGUUCUUCUGAUGCCACAGUGAAGAUUCUCAUUACAACAGUGCCCCCCAAUCUCCGGAAACUGGAUCCAGAGCUCCAUUUGGAUAUCAAAGUAUUGCAGAGUGCCUUAGCAGCUAUCCGGCAUGCUCGCUGGUUUGAGGAAAAUGCUUCUCAGUCCACAGUUAAAGUUCUCAUUAGGCUGCUGAAAGACUUGAGGAUUCGUUUUCCGGGAUUUGAACCCCUCACACCAUGGAUUCUUGACCUACUGGUAAGAAGGGUAAUUCAGAGUUCUUGACUAUCCUUGUGUAAUAAUAAUAGUUAUGAAACCCAUCAGAAUAUGAAAUUUGGUUACAGCUUAAAGACAUUUCAUUGGUGGACAAGGAAUCCAAUAACAGUUCAGAGUUUGCUACUUCAUUAGGUUGGGGAGGGUAAAACUGAGUUCUUGCUGAUAUGGUGCUCCUUGUCCUUUGUCUAUUCGUUUAGCCAUCUGCGGUUUACUAAGGGACUGUGUCUGCUCCCUAACUAAUCUUUUCUAGUCUAGUUGGAGCAGGUGCGUACAGUUCUUACAUUAGAAAAGAGCGUGGAGCCCUUUGAGUGGCUUACGUGCCGCAGGUGAAGGUGGGUGUGUUGAUGCCUUUGUUGCAAGGAAGGUUUGGUCUGUCAUUUCAAGGUGCGGGCAGAUUUCGGUGGCAUUACAGUGGGACUUCGAAGAUGGUGGCCAGUCCUGCCACUUUGGAUGGUUAUAGCUCUCCGCUACCAUUAGUCCAAUCUCAUUCCUUAGACUCCUGAAUGGGCGUGGGAUGCUGCUUCCAAGUUUCCCACUUUAGCACUUGAAUGCUGAAUUUUCCUUGUUCGCCAUGUCGAAGGACCUGAGUCGUGAACAUUUCCGUCUGUUUGUGUUGAAUUUUGUUAACCAGGACAGAAGUGGUGUGAAGCUGUGUAGUGGAGGGCAAGUAGCUCGUCGUCCAUAGGCAAGACAUUUGUAACCAACUGAACCAGUCUCAAAUGAGCAGUUUUCCUUGUGAUUAAAGUUUUAGUUUGAAGACAGAAUUGCCUUUAAAGAUAGAUUUGCCGGGUCUACAUGUGACCUCCUCCCUGGGGAACGGACAACAGAAAAGUGGGUGAAGGGAGACAUCGGAUAGGGCAAGA